CUACAUGGGAAAACCAGCCGGACCUGGAGGCGGAUUUGAGACUGACCUGUAGUAAAAAUUUCAAGUGAAGAUGCCAGAUGCUGCGGAGCUUCUGUCAUGUUUGCUGCUUCUASCUUCGGUUUUCCACGUCGGGAGAGCGGCGGAGGUUUCUGUGUGGAGCGUGAGCAUCAACUCCUCGACACAGGAUGCAGUGUUUCGAAAGACGCUGUAUGCCAACACCACUAUAUUUAUGAGGUUUCAGAACGAUUCGGGGUCAUGUGACAGAAACCUGGCCUUUAACAUCAGCUGGUACCUACGCUCCUCUGUUUGUUAUAAUGAGGUCUUCAAUACCCCUAACAACAAAGCGAUGAACAUGUUUGGCAUGGACCACAUGUUGAGAGACGGAUGGAGUGGCUUCUACAGUCACGGCUACACGUACUUCGAAAACUGCUCCUCCCUCUUUAUGCCAAAGGUUUAUUAUACAGACUUUAACCCUUAUCAGCCACUGUCGAGCCCAAAGAGUGACCCAUCAAAUCAGACUCUUUCUUGGCCUGACAAGCCGUGAAAGUAGAGAUGAAAGGACCACAUGACUACUCCUCCCCMGCAGACUGGCCUCUAAUGAUAUUCUUCAUGGUCAUGUGCAUCGUGUAUGUGCUGUUCGGGGUGCUCUGGCUCUUCUGGUGUGCCUGUUACUGGAGGGAUCUGCUGCGGAUCCAGUUCUGGAUCGGGGCUGUCAUCAUCCUCGGCAUGCUGGAGAAAGCAGUGUUCUAUUCAGAAUACCAGAGCAUCCGUUACAAAGGAGAUUAUGUUCUCGGCGCUGUGAUUUUUGCCGAGCUGCUCUCUGCACUCAAAAGAUCCCUGGCUCGAAUCCUGGUUCUCAUCGUCAGCCUUGGCUAUGGCAUAGUCAAGCCGAGGCUGGGUACCACUGUGCAUCGUCUGGUGGCUGUCGGGCUUCUUUACCUUCUCUUCUCCUCUGUGGACGGUGUCCUGAGAGUGACAGGGGGUUUUUAUGGCACRGUCGCACUUGUGGCUAAUCUUAGCCUCUCCCUCAUCGACUCUUGUGUCAUGUGGUGGAUUUUCAUCAGCCUCUCACAAACGACUCGUCUCUUGAAGCUGCGCAGGAAUGUGGUGAAGCUCUCCUUAUAUCGGCACUUCACCAACACACUCAUCUUUUUUGUUGUCGCUUCUAUCAUAUUUAUCAUCUGGACAACCAAAGUCUUCAGGCUGGUUGACUGUCAGAGGAGUUGGCGGGACUUGUGGGUGGACGAUGCCUUCUGGCGUCUCCUGUUCUCCACYAUUCUGCUGGUGAUCAUGGUGCUGCUGCGUCCCUCUGCUAACAGCCAGAGGUUCUCUCAUUCCCCUCUUAUUGAUGAAGAUGAUGAAGAAGAUGAGGCUAAAGAACCCAUGAUGAAUGAGGCUUUUGAAGGAAUGAAGAUGAGAGGCUCAAAGCCUGACAUUAAUGGCUCCCAAAAAUUGCUGAGUAAAGAGGAUGAGGACAUGAAAUGGGUUGAGGAAAACAUUCCUWCAUCUGUAGCUGAUGUAGCUCUCCCAGUAAUGCUUGAUGAAGAAGAGGAGAUCUUGAAAACCAAGAUGGAGAGAUCCAAAAUGGAGUAGAAAGAAAUUUUCAAAGUAAAAAAAAGCUUUGU